AUGCCGGAUUUCAACGACAUCAACGCGAAAAUCGGCGGCGGACGGCAUACAAGCGACGAGAGUAACUUCCUGGCUUCAGGCAGGGACUUCUCGAUGUUCUCUCGUCUCCCGUCCUCUGCCCCAUCGUUCACAUACAGCAACCUGCCCAGCUUCCGCAACGCCAGUAGCCUGUACGAGCCACGGCAACUUUCGGCCAACUCCAACACGGGCAGUAUUCCUUUUGUUCCUCGAGAGUCCAUGUUGAACGAUAACUUUGCCCCGUCGUCGCGCAUUCCCUCAUUCCCUCAGCGUCCGGCGUUUGAGAGCAAAACAAUCAACCCGCAGAAACUGGCUAAUCCGGCCAAGCGCGACCACAGUGUACCGGAAACUGACAUUAUCGAUUUCUUGAGGUGUCUUUUCAUAAUCUUGUACGAGCUCGGCAAGAAAACCGCUCUUUGGGUGGUCUUCUUCCUCAUCAUCGGCGGAAAACACCUGAUCAGGCUGAUUGAAAGAAUCCCUACGCCAGAAGCCGCUAAAAAGGUGGAAAGCACUCCGAUCAAGCGCGAGGUGGACGGAAUAGCUGAAUUGUUUAACAAGCUGGUUCCCGCUAGCGUUUCCACCCCGAUGGAAGGAUCUGAAGUUAAGAAUGUGGACGAUAGCAUCGUUGUUAGCAGGAAAAGCAAGAUCGGUCAGCUGGCCAGCAAGCUGAACGAGUCCAAGGACGACGCUCCAGCGCGCGACUACGGAACAUUUUUCUAUAAGCCAAAGAACGUGCGAUCAAAUCUGAAUAUUGAGGCUAUGUUUCUCAAAUCAAACUUUGGCCGGCCAGAGACUUACAAAGAACAAAAGGAGCAAAAGCCGUACGACGCGGAUUCUGAGUUAAGGAACAGAGCGUCUCAAUUGACAAACUCCAUCAAGAAAAUGUUCCCGCUGGAGGAGGACCGGAAGCGCGACAGGAGAGCGUCUCGGUUUAGAGACCUAGAAUGGCUGAAAAAGGAUAAUGUCGACUAUGUGGAGAACCUGGAGUCCACAGAGCUCUUCAAGGAGUACCAGAAGAUCAUGCAAGAGCGCACCAAGAUGCAGGAACUGAUUAAGCUCACCAAGUCCAGAGACUAUGCCAAAGUGAAACCCUUGAGCGCCGACCAGCUGGCCACGGUGGAAAAGUUCUGGAGAAGCAGCAAUCCGCAGCUCCUGGUGUGCAGUGCGUUCAACAUCGACAUAUACACCAGAGACUUGAAGACGCUGUGCGACAGGAAGUGGCUCAACGAUAACGUGAUUGAUUUUUAUAUGAGCCUGAUCAACGAGCGGGCAAAAAGCCAUCCAACGACAUUACCGCAGAUCCACAUUUUCUCGACCCAUUUCUACUCGAAUUUAUCUACCAGAGGAUAUAACUCGGUGCGGAGAUGGACCAAGCGUGCCAAGGUGGACGUCACCAAGUUGGACUACAUUUUUGUGCCAAUUAAUCUGAACCAGUCGCAUUGGGCGCUGGGCGUCAUCAAUAAUAAGGAAAAAGCGUUCCAAUACUAUGAUUCUCUCUAUGGAAGCGGCGACGAUAUAUUGUACAACUUGGAGGACUAUAUGGUGAACGAGACAAAGAAGCUGUAUGGAGACUCGAUGAACGGCAUCGAUUAUUCGCUAUACGACCAUUUCGACUCCAUGAAAACGCCUAAGCAGGAAAACGGUUUCGACUGUGGGGUGUUCAUGUGCACGGUUGUCGACUAUGUCUCAAGAGAGCGCCCGCUGCUAUUUUCGCAGUCGGACAUGAAGAACUUGCGAAGACGGAUGGCGUAUGAGAUAUGUAUGAAAAAGCUGAUCGACCACUAG